AUGGGAAGUUUAGGCAAAUUGUCUGCGCGUAAUAUCAUUGCGCCCGGGCAGGAUAUAAUCGAACAGAACAGCGCGCUUUCCAUCCCCAAUAUUUUCUUAAAUUUGCUCCCCGCCUUUGAUGCUCCAGUCCCCGAUGCUCUUCGAUUCACUUUCCCACCUCUGAAUAAUAAUUCGCCCGAGCAAAUCGCCUCUUCUACGACUCGUUUCCACGAUCAUUUGCCCACAGCAAUUGGUGCGGAUCUCAUUGGUCAUUCGAUUCCCGAUCCUACACUCUUCCUAUCUCUGCGGAAAGAGUGGCAGAAUGUACAGCCCGAUGAAGUCCAGUCGAUAUUCCAUGUGACAAACGAUGGAAACGCUCAUUAUUACCCAAUCUGGAUAUUGACAUGGUGGGAAUUAGUGCUAUCAGGCAGACAGAAACAGGACCAAUGGCGUAGCGCGUGUGACUGGCUAUCCCAAGCUAAAUCGACUUCAAACCACCCGGCUGCUUUACAAGUUUUCACUCAAGCAUGGGAUUAUAUAUCGCAUAUAGGAUGGGACACUGCAAUUCCGUUCGAAACCAGAUGCUCUGCCGCUGAUCUAUCGUUCUUUCUCUCAAACAAUUGGUUGGCCACUCGACAUAUUGAUUGGAUGCUCGAAUCGGCGCAGCUCCGCUUUGAAUCACGCGAACCAGGCGAGGCUCAAUUGCGACCUCCCCAUAAUUCAGUUAUUUUCUACUCACCCGAAGUCCUCCGGGGCAUUAUUCGACGAUUCGAAACCAUUCCACCCAGUAUUCCUCCCGAAGCGAUCUCUCGGUUUCUUUCGCCACUUCAAAAUCGGAUUCGAAAUGGGGAGCGCCCACUGCUCUAUACCGUCUAUAACUACUCUGACGUACACUGGAUCGCGCUAGAGGUUGACUUCAACCGGCAGGUCAUCCGUUAUGGCGACUCGAUGGGUGGCCAGAGAAGUUCGGCUCGCAUUCGGAAUAUAAUCAACGCCUGGCUGAAAGCGACUUGGGGUUACGACAAAUUUGUGUCUGAACAGAUGCCAUGCGGUACUCAAGUGGACGAUGCGACUUCCUGUGGAGUUUGUGCGGUCAAUACCAUUGAAAGGCAGGUCUUUGAAGACCCAUUAUGGGACGAAGGUCUUGCCUCGGCAUAUCGGGCAUCAAAAUUUGUGGAAAUAGCGUACCGAAUAUUAGUGCCGAAUGGAUCUGAUUCCAUUAUCAACCCCCCAUUGCCGAUAUCGCGCAUAUUGGCCAAUUCGUUAGCUGGGUCAAUCGGACAAGGUUUAUUUAUUGCCGAGCCCCCAACAUCUCCUCAUCAAGCCUCCGGUUAUCUCUCCUCCGAUGACAAUUUCUUCGAUGGAUUUUCUUCAGAUGUAAUCGAGAAUGUCGAAUUCAACGCCUUAAACUUAUCCGAUGACCAGACCGAUGGGGAUGCAACGGAUGAUCCAGAGCUCGUGCAUCGAAACCAGGUUUUGAUACGCUCGGGAUUGGACUCAGACUCGAGUUCAGACUCCAACUCCAGCUCAGAGAGUUUGAAACGCCCGAGAAAACGACAAAAGCCUGGGAAGUCGGCAGCACAUACCCGGACUGUCUUAGGAGCCGUUCGCGAAGGAAACUUUCAAAUCGACAACCUUCGAUGGGCUCGUUUUGAAGCAACGAUCAAAGAUCUCGAUAAUUAUGCUGUGCUCGAUCGCGAAAACCCACUAUAUGUACGACACUCGACAUGCGGGAAUAAGUUCAAGAUGCGCCAGCCAUACGAUACCAAAAAUUUCAAAACACACGUCCAAGCAAAAACUUGUGGGCCACAGGCGACAGGAGCAUCCUCAGGAAGAAAGUCAAAAAGCUUGAAGAAGUCCGAUGGUGCCGGAAUGCUCCCUCUCACCUCGUUUGCUGGUUUCAAACGGCGUUCUGACCGCUCUAUCAGCACUAGUGCAAAUCUUACUGGCCCAGAGCCACAGCUUUCUACUCCUGGCUUGCCUGCUAUGGUCGCAUCUUCGUCAUCUACUUCAACACCAUCUUCUCAGCAGGAGAUCGAGCGCAUGUGCCCAGGCCUCUCGGAAGAAGAUAUGUCAGGUAUAUCUAAUUACUUGCUUCGAACUACGUAUAUUGGGGGAGGAAGUCGCGCAUAUAAGCACUUUGCGUUUGCUCUUUAUUCAAUACCAUAUGCCGAACUCGGAGCAGAAGAGCAACAGAAUGUUCGGAACGAAGCUCAUGGAAAUGUCGCCUGGCGUGUAGAUGAGUCCCGUAAUGUUGUUAUUGCCUCGGCCUGUACUCGCAUUGCUCGAAGAGGGCGCACUUCAGACGGCAGAUUGCGUUCAUGCAAAAAUUGUGCGGCUCUGUUGAAGCUCCGACGUUUCAGAGCCGCUGUCCGAUAUGAAGCAAAGCCGAAUCAAAAAUUUACCAAUAGGCGAUGGGUUCGGGCAUCCUCGUGCAUGCAGUUUGCGAAGGUACACGGUGUGUAUGAACUCAUUGUCAACAAGGACGAGAGGACUCCAGCGCAACGAUUUCUUUUACAGGUACUUAAAGGCGAAAUGAAAGAUCGAAAGAUUUUCUGUGGGAUGGUUGAAGUGAUGGCAAUGAUGGACGACAAGGCGCUUCGUGGAGUUGGCCUUCAGAAUGCCAAAUAUCCCCCCGAAUUCGACCAAUUUUGCCACGAAAUCGUCAAUAUAUCCCCACUUGCAUAUCAAACAUUUCGUAACAUCUUUGGGGGUCGAACUGCAUCGAAUUUUCGAGUAAUCCGAGGCCGAGAGCGUCGUUUCCCUCUAGCAAUCGACGAUGGUGUUUUCGAAAUUGCACAGAUUUAUUUUUCUUCGAUUAAUUACACAGGCCCGGUGUGCUUGUCAUGCGAUGACACCAAGCUCCUGCCCGCUCUCAAAACCUACUACGAUACAAGUACAAAACUGUGGUAUUUGCUUGGCGGAACUACGGGCGCCAUCGCUGUUGCAAGCACAGAAGAACUUACGUCAAUUCUGAAGGAUGGGAAACUUUCCAAGGCUUCGAAGCUUCGGCUCUGGGUUUUACAGGUCCCAUUGCCGCAUAUACCCCCUCUUGCCAUUGCUGCACUACCAAUUGCCUCAAAUGCUACGACCCAGUCACUUAUUGGCUACUUGAAACUUGUCAUUCAAGGCCUACUUGCCCGAGGAAUACAUGUCAUUUCGUAUGCUACGGAUGGCAGCGCAAUCGAACAAAAUAUCCAGGAGUCACUCUUUAUGUCCAUGGAUAAAUACCGACACUAUACUGUCCCGCAUCCUUCACGGCGCCUUCCCAACAGCCUAUCUACUCCAGACCCCUUGGACUUCAAACUAGGUCUCUUAGACGGCAAGACCAAGGAUAAUCCAUGUGUAAUCAUCCAGGAUAGUAAACACGCACUCAAAACAUUGCGUAAUACCCUAUACUCAGGUGCUCGGCUUUUAGUAAUGGGUUCCAGGACACCAAUGUAUUCUCAAGUUCGCGACAUUGCUGAAGAUCCCGAUUCAACCCUCCAUCGUCGCGAUGUCGAAAAUAACGAUCGGCAGGACGAUGUUUCCACGGAAUGUGUAUUCAACCAGUUCACACUUUCAUUCGUAGUCAAAAAACGACCCCAGUACCUUGGCUUAGCAGUCUAUCUAUACAUAGCAGGUGAACUCGGUGAUGCAUACCAGAGCCGACACAUUUUGCACGCAGAUCGGCUGUGGAUGGUACUUCGAGCAAAAUUCUUCUUCGAUUUCUGGCGACAAUUUCUCCUGGACUCUGGCUACUUAUUAUCUCGAUAUUUCAUCUCGCAACAGGCUUUCAACAUCUUAACAACAAUAAUUGAGGGCUUAAUCUUGCUCAUCUAUGCUUAUCGUGACUAUAUGCCCGAGGGGACUCCCCUUUUACCCUGGCUGCACUCGAGUGAAGCCUGCGAACACUUUUUUGCCGAAAUGCGAAAGCUUGUUCCAGACUUUACAUACCUUGACUUUAUUUUCUCUGUGCCUAAACUUCGUGUUCUGCUCCGCGCAUCCUAUCGAAACAGUCCCGAGUUUUCCGCAGCAUCGACAGAGCGUCAGAGGAAAGCAACUGGCUACCAGCAUACAUACAUGGAUUCAACAAAUGUUGACUUGUCACUUCUAGCUUGCUUCCCAACAGACGGCGAGAUUGCAGAAAUUGCAUAUAUUGCAUACCGCGAGGCGAUUCUACUUGCUCAGGCAGUGAAUAUACUUCCCGAUGACCUGGUCCCUGCAACAGCGCUGGACCAUACAAGUACAUUUGAUCAAUCUGAAGAAGAUACAAGCCCCGAGUCCAACACAGGUGUGGCAGAAGACUUAUCAUCAAGUGAAGCGUUUCAAGAGCUAGUUGAGCUUGCAGAUGCCCACGACCUUCCGCUUGAAUCAAUUUCUAUUCAACGCGAUAACUUAGUGUAUGCUAAUGCGGCUCUUCAAACCGAGGCCACGGCUCUCAUUGACAACCUUCCCCCCGAAAACGAUGCCGAUGUACUGCUUGACCGCACAGCCGUUGAGGAACAUACAAAAUCGACCACAGAAAUGUCUGACCCCAACUUUCUUGAGUCACAAAUUCAAGAUAUGAAUAGCGAAACCUUUCCCCAACAACGCUCUUUGGUCGAGCUCAACUUUGAUAUCCUACUGCAGAUCCGACAGCGCCAUCAAAAUCCACGCGCACUCAAGAGUAGCAAAAAUUAUGCAAAAUUUAAGGCAGGCCUACUAGGUAAAACUGCCUCCCAACAAGGGGAGGUCCUUCCAGGCUCAUUGGCUACCCCGCACGCAUCGGAAGGACUAUCAACAGAGACAAGUCACGCAGCGCUAGCUCGCUCGUUCUUGCAGACAUUGCGCGAUCAUGAGCUUAGUAGUCAUAAGAUCUCCCCCCGCCUACAACGCUGGAUUGUAAGUGGGGGUGAGACGGAUGGACAAUUCAAGGGCAACACAGCAAAUGCUAAAAAAGCCGCAGAGACCCGUGCAGACUCCUAUGUCAAACUUCGACGCGAUUGCUUGCGGAAACGCGGCAUUCCCAGGCUACUCGAAGAUAUUGCCACGGCACGAAUUACUAUCAUUGACCCAAUCAAACCCGGGACUUUUGUCUGGAUUAUGUUGGAAAAGCAAAUUAUGCUUGGACGAGAAAAACUCAAACUGGAUAUUACAGUUAUGGCUAUAUACAUCAAGGAGGGCGGAUACAAUGGGAUGAACCUAUGGGUCCCCCAGACCACUCAUCUCGGGCACAUCUCAUAUGUCGCAGUCCAAACCUAUCAGAAGGUUGCAUCGCGGGCCAAGUAUCGUGCUAUACAUCUUGGUCGGCCAAUGGAGAUCCCGUACUACCAACUUGUACCGACAAACGAGCUCUUGAUGCGCGUCGGCUUCGUAAACACGCCAGGCUCGGAAACUGAGGACAUCGAAUUGAAGGAUCGCCACAUUCUCGACGAGAGAGAUGAAUUGGCGCGUCUUUUACCCGAACUAGAGAAGGCCGGUAUACCACGAGUGGGUUCAAAAGCCAGAACGGGAUCGUAA